AUGCCAAAUUCCGAUGAUACACUAGUGACUGAUCAAUGCUCUGUUUCUUAUAUGACCCCAUGGGCGACGGUUGUCGCUCUUACCACAUGCUACCUUCUGAAUUCGCAGUGCUCUCUUAAACUUCCAGAUGGUAAGAAAAUGUGUUUACCAGUGCCAGACAGCCUCUUCCCAUACCAGAAGCAGCUGAAACAGUUGAAACGAGACCUCUCGCGAUAUCUUGUGGAAGACAAUUGUAUUGAAAUUUUCGGCAGCCCUCUAGCGCAAACUGCACAGGGCACACUGUUUCGUGGUACAAUUAUCCCGCGUGUAAAGCAUCGUACAACGGAAAGAGUCCCGGUGGCCGUUAAGGUAAGCCAUCCGAAUCCAAAGCACAGCGUCGCCCUGCUGGAAGAGUCAGCGCGAAUCUGUCGUCUAUCUCAUCCGAACAUCUCUCGAAUUGUGGCUGUCUCUCAACUCUCCUUCACUGUCCUUCGACCAGCAGUCGCAGUAGAAUGGCUGGCUGGCGGCAAUCUUGCCGAUUAUUUCCAGCAUCAAAUCCGAAACUGCGAAGAACGUCAGCGACCACUAAUUUUGCUAAAAGAUAUCCUGGAGGUAUUGCUGCAAGUGGCUGCUGCGCUGAGGCACUUUCAUGAAACCCUUGGCGAUGUCGCUCAUGGAGCCGUGACGACGGAGAAUGUACAGUUGACAUCUAGAGAUCUGCGAAGGUGUUCAAUAAAACUCAGUUGUCUCUACCCACCAACAACAUCGCACCUUCCACCGGAAAUCGUUUGCUCCACAGAGCGAAAUCCGAAACGUAGACAGGAAAGCGACAUAUGGAUGUUUGGCGUUCUUUGCUGGGAAAGUGUGACGUUAGGAGCGGAACCACAUUAUCAAAAGACUCCUGAAGAAAUCCAGAGAUGUUUCCGGCUGCCUGACCGUGGACUCACCUGCCCACAAGGUUGCCCGUUGGAUGUGUGA